UUCAGAUAUCCUGGCUUGUAAGUGUCUUCUCUUGCAGGUGUGCCACUAAUAAGUUGAAGUUACCUACCCGAGGUUGGUGCUCAGCCUGAUGUUGAGGCUACUGCUAGUAGUAGUAAGUUGCGCCCGUCUGAGUCACGUAACAUCAGUACAGCACUGCCUUGUAUCCCAUGCACGAUACGGAGCACUGGCGCUGACAUCCGGCCCACACGGAAUGACCUCCAGUUAUUGUAACAAGUCAAGGGACUGGCAGCACCACAGACAUUUGCGGAAUGAACAGGUAAGCAGCUUGGAGCAAGAUGGUAUUCAUGUCAGACCGACAAUUGCUUGCAAUCUGUCUAAUGCGACUCCCCAAUCCGUUUAAUCCCGUAACCCAAGUCUAAUGCGUUGGUGAACUGAACAUGUCGUGAGCGUAAAGUGUCGUGAUGCGUCGUGAUAUCUACAUUGGUGACAUUAGUGUGUCCCAGGGGGACAAGCAGUCGGAUGAGGGUCGGCGAUCAAGCACCGCACUGCCCCUGAUCCCGU